AUGGACAAGAUCAUUGGGUUUUCUGAUGAUGAAUUGCUUAUUAAGAUCUUGACGUAUCUUCCAACAAAAGAUUCAGUAAGAACAAGUGUUUUGUCGAAGCAACGGAAGUUUCUUUGGAUGCGCGUGCCAAAACUUGAGUACGAUGACACUACCCUUUAUAGCAAAAUCCUUCAAUCUAACUGUAAGGGUGAAAAUACUAGAACCGCUUCCUUACUGUCAGAGAGCCAGAGGAUGUGGUAUUUUAUUGACAAGAAUCUGGAAUUACAUAGAUCUCCGGUCAUGGAGAGCUUGUGUCUCACACUCUGCACAAAACCAUUUCAAGCUAAAGAUAUCACAUCGUGGGUUGCACUUGCAGUUUCACGCUCUGUGCGUGAGCUACGUAUUAACUUUUUUCGUUCCCAUGGCGAGCCUAAGGCAUUACUGCCAAGCAGCUUGUACACUUGCAAAUCUCUUGUCACAUUGAAACUUCAACAUAACGUUCUCGUCGAUGUUCCUGACGUUGUUUGCUUGCCGUCUUUGAAAACCUUGCAGCUUAUAAGAUUGGCAUACGCAGAUGAAGGAUCUCUUCAAAGACUAAUAUCGAGUAGCCCUGUUCUCGAAGAUCUCGUUGUCCACCACGUGAAAAAGUUGGUUGUUAUCAUCCCGUCAUUGCUUAGUUUAUCCUUUGAGUUGGAGGAGGCAGAGAUCAGUGUUGUUGAAUUCCGCAAUAUCAAGAAACUUCUUAAUGCUGUCACAUCUGUCAAGCGUCUUUCGUUACACCUAUUUUGGCACAACGAAGAGGUUGUAUACGGUGGUGAUAUGGAUUUCGUCUUUAAUGAGCUUAUGAAUUUGAAGCUUAACGCAUAUAAGACAUAUUGGUCAAAGUUACUUUUCUCGUUGAUCAAAGGUUCUCCCAAACUACGAGACUUGGCGUUCCAUGAACACUUAGUACGUGAUGGUAUGGAUACAAUGGUUUGCUGGAAGCAAUUGAUUAGUGUUCCUCAGUGUUUGUUGUCGAGUCUCCAAACUUUCACGUGGACAGGUUACCACGUAAGCAUGGAAGGGAAAGAUCUGGCGAUGUAUGUCUUGAGAAACUCUUGUCGAUUAAAGACUGCAAGACUCUUGAUUGGUUCAGUGUUGGAUGCACAAAAGAAGAUUGAGAUGAUCAAGGAAUUGGAACUUUGUUCCCGCGGUUCUACCACAUGCAACCUCGUACUUGGUUGA